UAGUAAACCCGGAAGUUCGUUGGCGAUUGUGACACCUGAUCCAGUCACCCAUGACUUUCUAUGAGCCAGCUCGAGUGUAUUGGUGAAGUGAUGUGGGUCAGUUUGUUCAACCACCCUACUCGGUGUACAGCAAUGGGACGAAGUCGCUUCGACAGUGGAGCAUUGUUGGAUCUUUUCCUACCUCCAUGACCUUUCAUGGCGCAGGGGCUACAGUACAGGGGUACGACCUAGAGAGCAAGCAAAAUACCCGCUAUUAUCAUCUCCUUCAAACAACUCGGCUGGCAUCAAUUGAACAAUUUUGUAAAUUUAAUGUGGCUAGGAUGAAGCCGGAUUUGCCAUAAUGCUCAGAACUUCGGAGCUCAUCCCUUAAUUAACUUAAGCAACGAAAGGCUGAUGUGUACUCCCUCCGUCAUCUGCAACGGCUAACUGAACAUUACAUGAUGCCGGAAACAUCGUUUGCUGACCUUUAUAAUAUUAAUGAUGGCACUGCCGGGAUUUGCCUAUGAAAGAAAAGACCGUGACAUGCAGAGGGCGAGUGGUAUUACAUAAGAAACUCGGUUCCAUACAAAAAUCUACUGAUCUUGGAAGAUGACGCAUGAAGCGGUAUUGAUAACAGAAAGACCACGAAAACUCCACCGAAAGUAGUCAUGAUUGACCAUCAUGGGAAUGCAUUUCUCAGGACAAUUGGCAUAAAGCAAGAAGUGGAUUUAUCCACACGGCAACAGUGAGGCAAAAAUGGAGGAAUUUUCGGACAAGACACCUUUGUUACCCACGCCCUAUUCUCCCACGCCAGUCAACGACGCGUACAGUGGACCUGGCUUAGAACACCAGCCAAUUAGCAGCCAAGCUACAGAUGUCAAGGAUUUUUACACUUUCAACUUCAGGGGCGGUCGCAGUUUUACGAUCAGAUCGCAGAAGCUGAAUGUCAUACUGACUGUGCUGACCAUACUGACCAAUCUUAUGAUGUUCGUCACUCUUCCACUCCUUAACAACACUGUCAACAAGUACAACGAUUACUAUCCAGUUCUCCUGUACUCUUCCAUUUGGUUCCAACCCUUCUUCUUCGGCCUGGUCUUCCUCAACAAGUACAUCAACCCCCUAGCUGAGACGAAGUCCUCUGUAUCCCACAAGGUGAUGGCAUUACUUGGACUGCUUAACUCCAUUAACGGUGUCCUAGUGGUUUACGGCGCUGACCCCCGACGGACAUCAGGCUCACUACAAGCUUUGCUCUCAACGGCCAGUAUCCCAUUCACGGUCAUAUUUCGUUUCAUAUUACUGAGGAAGGGAGUUGGUAGAGGCCGCUUGGUGUGCACUGGGAUUGUUCUCAUUGGGCUCUUCAUCGCUUUAGAGCCUGAGAUCUUCAACAUUGGUGGGCCCACAGAGCCGGUGGCUGGUGCUGUGACCGGAGUCAUGAAAGUUAUCUGGCCCAUCAUCUUCCUGCUUGGUUUCCUUCCCCUCGGAAUCCUCAACGUACUAAUCGAACGAGAACUCAAGAAAGACCAGACGGAAUCUCUGGUCUUCUUGGCAUGGGUUCAGCUUUACAAUGGGCUGUUCAUUGCGUUGUUAUUCUGGACCGAUUUCAUACCUUCAUUUGGCGCGGCGGAAAAUAUUAACGAGUUUGGUAGGAACAUGCUGUAUGCACUCAAGUGCAUGUACUUCGCAGACUCUACAUGCAUGACCGCAGCAGCUGCUUACUUCGUGUUCAUCAUAAGCUACUGCCUGGCCAACCUCAUGGUCUUUCUCCUGGUCAAAUACGCCGAAGGAGCCAUCUGGUUGGUCCUUGUCCAGGCCUUGGUUACUCCCCUAGGAAGUCUGUUUUUCACCCUCUUCAGUGUAGCCGCCCCGCCUGGUCAACACGGAAAAUUCCACUGGGCGCCAAACUUUGACUUGGCCGUAGCUUUCCGGUUCGUUGGUUUGUUUAUUCUAGUGCCUACGGUCAUCUUCUAUAAUUACUUUGGAGAGAUGGAGAGGAGAAGAGCCCAGCAACAAAUCAUGGCUGCACAAGAAACUGAAAAAUAACCUGGACCAAGUUAACGUUAUGAAUAAUUGCAGAAAUGGUGUCACUGAGAAACAGAAAUUUAAAUUAAGUGAUUAAGUAUGGUCUAUCACAGCUCAUGUAGUUUGAAGUGCAUGGGAUUGGGUGCGGUUAGUCUACGCGAUAGCCGCGGUAGUCUGCAUGAUACUCUGACUGCCGCCAGACAUGACAUUUGACCCAGAAAGAAAAAUAGGCCUACAUGAGUACAAAACUAUGACUCCAGAAAAAAAUCUGAAAUUCUGGUGAUUUAAUAGGAAAUGUUGUGGCUGGACUACGACGAACUAGGGCCCAAUGUAGGCCCGCCUUUCAAAUUCUCUCCAGCACCUUUAAUAUGCUACAAUGGAGUUAAAAAUGAAUAAAAACUCAUAUUUGGGAAACUGUAUCUUGCGAGGACACUAGCCCCUCCCACUCUCACAUGUUCCUGACUGGUUUGUACUACGUAUACUCUUUUUUGUACUUAGCUAGUACGCAAGAUACAAAUUAAUUCAUUGGAAUGAGUAUAUAAUAAUUGGCACUCAGCGCAAAAAUCCACCUGAUACCAGGUUCUCAUGGCGCCAACCUUUUCUCUGUGAGGUCAGACAAAUUGUAUCUCAACUUAAUGUUCAUAGUGUGUACUUCAAUCGAAAAUGGUUCAAAAUAUUUAUA